AUGCCAUCGUCCAAUACUGAUGUGGAUGGCCUUACGGGUGAGGAGACCACUAUAAACAAGUUCUCUACUCUUCGACCAAGCUACAGACCUGAAGAGAUCCAUUUGGUUGUCGAGACGGUGGACAGAUAUAAUCCUCAGAACAUGGCCAUACUGGAAGAGUAUAUAUCAUCGCAGCUCAAAACCAACAACUAUGACCGCACAGCUUGUCUUGCACUUUUGAAGCUAUACCAGCUCAAUCACGCCGAUGCCAACGUCUAUGUGAUUGCAUCUGUCCUAGCACUCGCACUCAGUGCACUUCCUGAAUCCGAUUUUACACUCUGCAUGUACCUUUUGCGUGAGGAAUGGCUUGCAGAUCCACUGAUUGCACACUUGGUCCACAUGCACGAGUUGCUUGGACAGGCUCAGUUUUCCGAGUUCUGGGCAUAUUUGGAAAGCGAAGAAUCUGUUAGAGAAUUCACUGGCGACUAUUCACUGUUUGACGACAAUAUUCGCGAGUUUAUUGCACAAACACUGAGUAUUACUUACCAAACCAUUUCGAUUGAGAGUCUGGAGAAGAUGUUGGAUUUGUCAGACGAGGAUUUGGCAGAUUGGGUCAAGAUGCGUGAGUCGUGGUCUGUCAAUGCCGAUGAUGAUUCGUUGAUUGAUCUGCCCAUUACUUCAUGGAAUCAGGCUAAAGAGAUUGUUAUGCAGGAGGAUGUCAAGUUUGAACAGCUUGGAAAGAUUCUUAAUCGGUCCCGUUUGGUGGUAUAAUAAAAAUGAUUAUAAACUGCCUGGU